AUGCAUCUUCUCACCUUACUCUCAUCCACCAUCUUCUCGCUGCUCAGCAGCGCAAUCUUUUGCGCACUCGUCGUGCCCGUAAAUGCUCAAUUACAUCCGCUCGAACAAGCGCAAUACCAAAUACUCCCGUCUCUCCGUGAACAAGCCGAUAUCCUGAAUGCAUGGAGGGAGGAAAGACUCGCCGCUAUACCAGGGUUACUACAAAAGUAUAAUGUCGAUGCAUGGCUGAUGAGCCAACGUGAAUACGCGGAAGACACGAUCUUCUGGUCUAUCAAAGACGCGAAACAAUUCUCCGCCCGCCGCCGGACCGUCGUACUAUUCCACUCUAACACCUCCACGCUCGCCGGCCGACCUAAUCCUAUCACCUGGAUCGACAACACAGGCGACGUCUGGCCCGAGGUACGCUCCAUACUGGAGGAUUUCGAUCCUACACACAUCGCUUUGAACACAGACCGGUCCAUCGCGUUUGGAGGUGGUCUUCAUGUCGGAGAGUACGACGUUCUGAACGAAGAGUUGGGGGAGAAAUGGAUGCAGAGGACGGUGAAUGAGCCGAUGCUGGGCGUGGAAUUCGUUGCGAAGCGGGUGCCCGGACAGAUCGAGUAUUAUCGAAGGAUGCAAGAGUCGAUAUGGGCGAUAAUUGAAGAGGGAUUCAGUGAGAAGGUCGUUGAACCUGGUGUAACGACGACUACGGACGUCGAGUGGUGGUUCAUGGAAAAGUUCCAAGAGCUGAAUGUCUCGACUUGGAAUCAUCCCCGCGUUUCUGUCAUCACACCAGAAUCCUUCCCAGGCUGGGCAGGAACGGACACUACCAUCGUAGAGGGCGACCUCUUACACGUUGACUUCGGAAUGACGGCCAUGGGGAUGAACACAGACACACAGCAUCUCGCAUACGUGCUCCGAACAAGUGAAGGGGAGACCGAUGCGCCAGAGGGCUUGAAGGCGGGGCUCAAGAAAGGUAAUCGGAUGCAGGACAUACAUCUCGAAGUCAUGAAAGCCGGGAUGACUGGCAACGAGAUAUUGCGAAAGUGCUUGGAGAUCAUGAAAGAGGAAGGUAUCGAAGGACAGAUAUAUUCGCACCCCAUAGGAGACUUCGGACACGCAGCUGGAGCUGUGAUGGGUUUCACCAACCUUCCCGUCUUCGUCCCUGUGCUCGGAGAACUGCCGGUCCUUUCGAACACAUACUACAGCAUCGAGUUAUACGCGUACCACUUCGUGCCGGAGCGGAACGAGACAUUGCGUUUCAGGUUGGAGGAGAACGUGCACUGGGUAGACGAGCAGAAAGGCUGGGAGUUCGUUCACGGAAGGCAGGAGACUUUGCAUCUAGUCAAUUGGACGCAGCCGGGCGCAAAACAGAGACCCGCACUCCUGGUUCAAUAA